CGGAGAAAAAGUGGGCACUUGUAUCCCAUGGCUCUGGCCGCUGCCUUGACGCUAUUGCUGGGAGCAGUGUCGGGCGAGGAGGUGGCGCGAGGGGGCGGUUUCCAGAUCAGCAAGCAGAGCUACACCGUCCCAAAGCAGCCCCGGGACGACCUGAAGCGGAACCGGGGGCCUGUGGACCGCGGCACCACCUACGGCCGGAACGAAGUCUUCCACGUGUUGAAGAACCCGGAUGGCCGGGAGGGCUUGAUGUGGCAGGAGUACGGAAACAACUUGGUGGGCAAGCCCAUCUUUAUUACCUGGCUGUCCAGCGGCUUCUCCAGCGCGGAGAAUGUGCAGCUCACCCCAGACGACCACAACCCUUGGCUCGCCGGCGCCACAUCGGAUGGCAGCGGCAAAGUCCUUUACUUCGAGGUCCAGGAUGUCACCCAAUGGCUCUCCAAUGAGCUGAUGGCAGGGUGGACCAUUGGCAAAACCGAGACGUCAAAGGCGUGGAUGGUGGAGUAUGACCCCGUGGCCCGCAAGGAGACUCGCCGUGCGGAACUGAACACGGACAUGAUGUCGUUGCACGACUUUGCCGAGAACACAGCUAACGUUUGCUACGACCCUGUGAAGAACCAGCUGGGUGUCAGCCUCUCGCAUCUCAUGACGCGCUCCAUGGAUGGCCUGAAUCACCAGGUUGGCACUGCCUUCGUCUUCGACCUCGACAAGUUCGAAAUCAACGGCAUGGGCAGCAAGUGGGUGGGCAGUCACUCCUUUCAGCAGGGCAUGGUGGCGGACGUUCGCGGGGGCUUCCUGGGUGUGGGCACCUUCGAUGCCUCGCCGCGUGGCAUCCAGGUGAUGCGGCUGCAGUACAAUUCUAUGGACACGUUUCAGGUCUAUGCAGUGAAGACCCGGCACGGCGCCGGACCCACAAACCCGGCGGGCACGAGCUUCCCUGUAUUCGAAGAGAUCUCCUCGCCGGGUAAGACAUUCUACAAGUGGAGCAACGACAAUCAGGUGUACACCGAGAUGGCGCAGCCGGGCCUCGUGGAAGUGGAGGACGGCUUUCUGGUUUUCUUUGCCGGGGAGGCUCCAGCGCUGGACAGCAGCAAGAUGGUGCCAUCAGAGGAGUCGGUGCAGUCUCCUCGGAACAUGGGAUGGGUCAAGAUCGGGAAGAACAUCGGGGCCAAGCAGGUUCUCUCGGAUGGCCCGGUGGAGAAGGGCGGUUUCUACGGCUUUAGAGGGGAGUGGCAGCAGCAGGAGCACCGAGGCAUCAAUUGGCUCACAGACUUCAAGGAGAAGUGGCUGGUCAUGGCCAAGCCCAAGAGCGUGCGCCUGGGGGCGAAUCGGAUUUUGCUGAUGUGGGAGCAGUGGCACCACCGAGACUGGACCGAGAAGGACUGCGAGGAGCGAGCCGCCCCAGAUGCGGUGAGCAGCUGCAAGAGCAUCGUCAGCUCCGGCUCCGGCGACGUGAGCUUGGAGACCUUUGUCCGCUCUGAGUUUAUGGUGGUGGAUGAUAAUGUCAGCGUGGUCCGGCCUCUUUGGUCCAUGGAGGGUGGCAUCAUCACUCCCCAGGGUGACGCGCCCCAGGUGCAUGAUGGCUGCGCCGUGAUUUACACGGGCCGCACGCUGUCCAUCGAGCGCUGGACCAUUUGCGCGGACUCCUGCGAGCCCAAGUUGGGCACCAUAGCGAAGCCCACGGACGACCCCUGCUUUGAGCCCUACCCAGCUGCUCCGUUCAAGUGCAUGGACGGCGUGGAUGCUGGGGGCGGCAAGGGUUACGGCCCCACCACCUGCCCCAGUGGUGAGGAGUGCCGGAAGGCCCUGUGCUAUGAGGUGCCCCACUUCUGCGACUCCACCAGGCAGUAUUGCCCAAAGACCUGCGGUGUGUGCUCCGAAGCAGAUGACGAGGAAGUCACGCCCGAGUACAAGGCCAAGGUGGACUUCCUGAACAGCUGCCACCUGGGCAGCCGUACCUUCGGCCUGCCACCGCCAGCUGCGGCCUGCGUCGACAGCGGCAUGGCGCCCUUUAUGAUGGGCGGCAGGCAACUGUCCUGCGAGGAGGCGAAGGCCGAGUGCAAUCGGCCCACGGUUACGGAGGACGGGAAGGCGGACGACACGGCGGAGCGCAUGGCCGCGACUUGCGCGAAGACCUGUGGGGCCUGCGGGACCACCACCACGCCCCCCAGCACCACUGCGCCCGUGUACGAGUGCACGGACGGCACCAUGAGCAACGGCGAGCCAGGCCCUGCCAACGAUGGCUCCAGCGGCUCCAGCGGUCCAAGCACUACGGAUGACGGAUGGGGCAGCGGCUUCAUGAUUAACUUGGCAGCUCCUGCUAAGCUCACAGGCAUGUGGGCCCUUCUUUUUGCAGUGGCAUUAUUUUGAGCGGAUAAUGAUACGACAAUGCCUUGCCGGUUCUGCACAAAGAAGUCUGGAUGGCAAACGCCAGCCUGAAC